UAACUCUGUGUAACUAACUAACUGCAGGCAAGGAUAGAGUAACAAAUCAGAAAGUGCCUGCCCCCCCCCGCCACUCAUGACAGCGCAAUAGAAAGAGAAGACAAUAACACGUUAUUAAUCUUUGAUUUAAAAGCACAAAAAAAGGGAAUCUUUGCCUCGACCAGUCGAAAGAUUGAGUUUUUACCUAUUCCAUAGCACUGGGCAUAAAACAUAAUAUUUGUGGUCAAGUUAUGGUUGGUGGCAAUAAGCGGAUGCUUUUAUUGUCGGAGGAGGAUGCCCGUUGGAUUCCGCUACUUUCAUGAUGCCUCUUUCCUUCUUCCUUCUUCUUCUGAAAAUGUAUGGUAUAACGAAUGUUUUAAUAUUACAAAUCAGCAAUGAAGGAAAGUAAUCGUUCGAGGAGAUCGAAUUGCGUUUUCAAGUUUGGGUUUUAUAACUUUUUUGGAUCUGUGCUCUGUGUGGUUUGGUGUCGCUACACAUUCUUUCAACUCUUGGGUACGUCGAUGGCGUAGAUGGCGCAGUGCUAAGCCUUUUCUCCCCAACUGGAACCUGGAUCAUAUCUCGAAUACUUGGAUAAAGCUUCUGAAGUUCCCACAAUAACAAAACAUUUUUUUUUUUACCUCCGUGGAUUAUAAACGCAACCCUGGAGAGCAGAAGAAUAGGGGCAAUUGUCGUUUUCUGGAGAGGAGGAAUGCGGAGAGAAAGAGACAUCUAGAAGGAUGCUGUUUCUUGUAAAAUGGAAUUGAAGAUCAUUAUUGAAGUUGUUGUGGUGGUUUGUUCAUUUUUUUCUUUGAGUUUUAGCCAAGAACUCAAUCCAAAAGGCAGAAAUGUAUGCAAAUUACCAGGGUCAUCAGGCUUUGUGUGCUGCAGCGGGUGGGGGCAGAUAGGAGAGGAAUGUUUGACACCUCUCUGUGAAGGCAACUUCACCUGUAAGGAAAAUGAGGUAUGCGUUAGGCCCAAUGAAUGCCGCUGUCGCCAUGGAUACUUCGGAGCCAGUUGUGAUACAAAGUGCCCCACCCAGUUCUGGGGCCCAGACUGCAAGGGCAAGUGCCAAUGCUUUCCCAACGGCCAGUGUGAUGACGUGACGGGCAAGUGCACGUGCAACACUAACCGCUGGGGGCCCAACUGCGAGAAGCCCUGCCUCUGCCAGAAGGGCAAGUGUGACCAGGACACAGGCACAUGCACUUGCCAAUAUGGCUUUUGGGGCCCUCAGUGUGCAAACAACUGCUACUGCAGUCUCAACUCUGUGUGUGACCAGAACACAGGAAGGUGUAACUGUAGUCCAGGCUGGUCGGGGAGGAAUUGUGCCAUCCAGUGUAACUGUAAUAACUCUCCAUGCGAGCAGUUCACGGGUCGUUGCCAGUGCCGGGAGAGACUGUGGGGCCCCCGAUGCGAGAGGUAUUGUCAGUGCAUCCAUGGGAAGUGCAACCAGGCGGAUGGCUCAUGUACCUGCACACCGGGAUACCGGGGGAAGUUCUGCAGGGAACCGUGUCCCGCAGGGUUCUACGGACAGAACUGCAGGAAUAGGUGUGGCCACUGUAAAGGCCAGCAGCCCUGUAAGGUAACAGAGGGGAGGUGUGUGACCUGUGAGAGGGGCUGGAAUGGGACCAAGUGUGAUCAGAUGUGCCUGCCAGGCUUCUUCGGAGAGAACUGCCUGGAUGUGUGUCCCCCGUGUAAAGAUGGCCACUUCUGCAACCGCAUCGACGGAAAGUGCUCCCACUGCAACCCCGGCUGGAUCGGGGACAGGUGUGAGGUGCGCUGUCCCAACGGGACUUAUGGGGAUAACUGUGAGAAUGACUGCAGCCACUGUUUUAACGGCGUUUGUCACAUUGCUACCGGAGAGUGCCUGUGUGAGCCGGGAUUUUACGGGACCUACUGCAAUAUGACGUGUCAGAUGGGUCAGUAUGGAGUGAACUGUGCCCAGACCUGCUCCUGUCACGACAAGAACUGCAACCCAAUGUCUGGGGCCUGCAACCUACAGCCCAACCAGCGGAUGGGAGUGAUCGCGGCAGGAACCCUGGUCUCUUUUCUGCUCAUUGUCCUCCUCUCGCUGCUUUGCUGCUGCUGCCUCUGCCGAAAUAAAGAUGACCACAAUCCUGACCAAGACAACUCUACCAACAGCAAAAAAGCCAAGCGGAUCCUGUGUGGAAGAUUCAGCCGAAUCAGCACCAAACUCCCCCAGAUCCCACUGAGACGACAGAAGUUGCCCAAAGUAGUCGUAGCCCACCAUGAUCCGGAAAACACAUUCAACUGCAGCUUCAUCGAGCCCCCUUCUGUAGUUGAGCAGCCCUGCCCUUCCUCCUGGUCCUCCCAGGAGUCUUUCGAUUCCUUCGAGGAGGAACCCAGCGAUGAUGGCCCCGUAUACUGUGUACCCCAUGAAGAGUCACUGAAUGAGAGUAAGGAGAAGCCAGCAGCUGAGAAGCCAUCCGCAGCAGCUGUGCCCAGUGAGGACGAUGCAGGGGAGUACACCUCUCUGAAAGACACCAGCGCUACCAGCACCACCAUCAACAAGCCUCAGGCUGGGGACGGGAGCGAAGCAACCCUGCUCAAGUCCUCUGACAGCGAGGGCUCCACCAGUGGCUCUGAGUCGGCCAUUGGGGCCCUCUAUGCUCGCAUUGCACACCUCUCCAAGAACUCCAAGGACGAAGAGGAUGGUGGUGGCAGCACAGUUACAAUAGAGGUCAAAGGUAAUGGCAAGCCACCGUCCCCGGGAUGGAAGACCACCACCAAACCACGCCCGCCAGACCCCUCCACCAAACCGAAGGUGUCAUGGAUCCAUGGGAACACCGGAGGUACCACACCCCCCCAGGUGGAGCAGCUGAACCAGGGGUGUAAGGGGCUGACAGUGCCCAAGGAGAGGACGACCAGGAGCUCCAGCGACAGCUCAGCCAAGAGUGAAGAGAGGCAGAGGCUGAAAGAGACAUCCAAGGAGAAGAGGAACCAGGAGGGGAAGGGGACGGAGGUCAAUGGUUCCCCCAGCAAACACAAGGCCCACCGGCUGGGAAGGUCCCGGGAGGAUAUUAACCACAUGGAGCACAUAAAUGGAGUGGUGCAGAACGCUCUCAAGAAGAUCGGUAACUUCCACAACUCCAACUCUGACAAGAAGGCGGCCGAGAAGGCAGCCGCUGUGGAGAACCCCAAGGAGCCGCCCAAGAGCCCCAAAGUGAUCCACCCACACAUGAACUCCGAGGCCGCCACACUCCUGGCGGCCCAGCUCAAGGAGAAGACGCAGAGCAUCAACCGAAAUGAGGGCACCGGCCUGGUAAAGACCAACGGCCUGCCCACCCCAGCCUUCCGGGACCGAGGAGACCGGGAGAAGCCCACUCCUCCGCAGAAGGCCAAGCGGACCACUCCGGCCACCCCAGGCCACCAGAGCUCCAACAAGCCUCUGCUGCCCACCACCACCAGCCUCCAGAAGAUGGUGGGUGUGGGGGUCCCCACAAGGGACCCAGCCACCCCCGAGGUCGCCCCCAAGAGCCCGGAGAAGCAGGACUUGAACGGCUCCAGGGUGGGAGAGGGUGGUGGUGGAGCAGUGAACGUCACGCCAAAGAAGACCCCCAUCAAAAAGCCUCCCAGAAAGAGAGGCAAGGAAGGGACAUUGGAUACUGCUCUGGAAACUAAGACACCAACAAAGACAGCAAUUAUGCCACCGCAGAUAAUCAAAUAGACAAUUCUUUACUCCGACCUAUUGACCAGGGUUUUUUAUUGUUACUCACACACAUGACAAUGGGGAAUUAAUUACUUUUCUUCCAAAGGAAACAUGCAAAAGGACUUGGUGGUUUUUCAUCAAAGGAAUUUAUUAUGUGUGUGUGUGUGUGUGUGUGUGUGUGUGUGUGUGUGUGUGUGUGUGUGUGUGUGUGUGUGUGUGUGUGUGUGUGUGUGUGUGUGUGUGUGUGUGUGUGUGUGUGUGUGUGUGUGUGUGUGUGUGUGUGUGUGUGUGUGUGUGUGUGUGUGUGUGUUGUGUGUCCGGGACCAGUGGAAAGUAAGUAGAACUUUGUUUAAAUUGUGGUUCUUCUCAUUGGUGUGGGAGUGUGUUUGUAUUAUAUUGAACUCAUAUACCUGCAAUGUAUCAGUUUUACACUUCAAAGUUGGACAUAACUGUGGCAGUGGAAGAGUUCUGACAACGGCAAACAAUCAUCUUCUAUUUUCUUCCAUCUCUACUAUAUCCCUCCAAUGCCCACCACUAUAUUUCUAUAGGAAUUUCCGACAAUAAUUGUAAUUUAAAAUGUUUUUCCUCAAGAUUGUAUGUGAUGCAACAAUAGAAAUGUAAUCUAUGCAAAGUGAGGUCUCAAGUUGAAACAAGGUACUGAGAAUACAAAUACAGUAUUUGUCUGUUUGAUUUAAAUUAGCCAGUUUCAAUAAGGAACACUCCAUAAAGGAGAUUGUUGAGUUAUUUGUAUAUUUUUCGUUGCUAUGUUGUCCACAAUCUCAUGUUUUAGCUGAAGUACAGUACAUUUGUUCCACAAUUUUGUCAGUCACAGUUUAUUGACAAUGAAAUGAGUAAUCGAUGCAAACUUUUAAGGAAGCACUUGUUGUCAUUCCCCUCCUAACAGAGCAAUAGCCCUGUAUUCUGAAGGCACGCACUAUAUUAUCUGGAUAUGCUGUUAAAAGCACCUAAAAAAAAGCUAAGAUGCUGUUAUGUUCUUUCGUCAAGCCUAUUGAACAGCUAGUGUAAAUGUCUUCGUCUUAGAUUCUUUCCCACUCAAUCGUUUUCAGCUUGAUUCUUACGCACUAAUAAACGUGGGUAGGCAAUGUUCCUUAUACCAAAUGCUUCUGUGCAUUGUUUCUGCAGCCAUUGUUUUCUAAGAAGCACAUAGAGACAGGUGUAUUGUCACUAGGUCUUUGGCCACUAGAAACAGUCUGUGAGAGGCCUUGGCUUAUCUGGUAUUUCUCAUCAUAGUGUUGUUUUAUAAAGGUUGAAGUCAUGUUUGAAUUCCAGAUGAAAUAUUAUACUUACAUUUUGAUACUUCAAUCAUUCUUUAACAGUAUAUUAAUCAUCCACCUACCUGACAGACAAUCUAGUCAUGUUACAUUAGAAGGUUGCCUUUUCCUUAACUUGAAUUCCAGUGUGGCUAAGUAGAUGAAUAAUGCUAGCUAAUUAAAGCUAAUUGGUUAAAGAGGCCCUAUUGAAUCAAGGGUAACACUUACCCCGAAAGGGAUGUAUUGCUUAAUCAACAUUUCAUAUUGCAUUAAGUUUGACUGGUUUUAUACAUAUGAGGAUUACUACAUUACAAGAGGAGGCUCGUAGAAAAGAGUAUGGAAUAUAAAUACAACACUUAACCGAAAAACAAUUAACCAAUCUGCAUAAUAUAAAGUAGUACAAAAGUGGCAGUGGUGUUCAGACCGUGGAUUCAGACUUACUGUACAUUCCACAGUUUUCAGAGCUAUUUGAUAGUGCUUAGGGGUUUUUUUGGUGCCUUUUUUGGCUUUUUAUGGUACAGCCAGCCUACUCUUUGCCAGUGUUCUUUUUCGACACGUGAAGGUGUUUUUGUAUCGGUAUAAUUGUAUAUGUUUGUAAGCUGCGCUUAUAUGAAUUAUUUUGCUACUUAUUUUUGUGUGUGUCAAUGAACUGGCUUUCAUGUUACAUUUGAUUGUUUUGUGUCAGGCUCUCUGCAGCCACCGUAUAUGAGUAUGUACUUUGUAAAGUUGCCCUUGGCUUGUCAUUUCCCUUUUUUCUGUUGUUGUUUGGUCAACACUUAACUGCAUGAAGCAGAGUGAAACUUAUCUGGCAUUAAUAGCUCCACAGGAAUCUAUAGCCUUAACUCUCUUUUUCUUAUCGACUUUCCCAAUUGCUAUCGUUUUGUCCGUAGGAAAUAUACAAUAUCAAAACUUCAAAGGAUUAUACAGGAUGUGCAUUAUUGUGUUACCACUGUUAUUAAGUACAUGUAACUAAAACCAUAUGAGUUGUGUGAUUAUAAAGUGCCAAUUUAAGCAAGCAGAAAACACAUCUUUUUAUAUCUGACUGACUGGCCUCUGCCUGCUUUCACAGGCUACAGUACAUAUUUUUAAGCAGGGCCUCAUAACGCUGCGGAAACAUUAUCAGUGAUAUGGUAUAUUUGUAACUCAUCAUUCUGUUUUGUUUGUUUGUCUGAUCUGAUUUUCAGUUUUUUAUUGUCGUUGAAUAUUUUUUUAUUUUUUUUAUUUACUUCUUUGAAAUAAAAGCGAUACAUGUAGCUAA